UUCAGAAUUACGCAAUGCACCGCUGCUUAUCGUAGAUGUAAUUGAGUGUAGAAUAACCACUGUAAACAGAUACAGUUUCCCAAGUUGUUGUUGAAGUGCGUGGAGUGUUUAACCAAUAACAAGAUCGUCAACAUCAUCACUAAACCGGGCAGUGCUACUGGCAAGCGGUCAAACGGCGAUUCUCCUCUUUCAAAGCCAAUUUAUAGCUUAAAUUUUGAGCUAAUUUAACAAAAUGUCUGAACCAAUUCGUGUCGUUGUCACCGGCGCCGCAGGCCAAAUCGCAUAUUCUCUCCUCUACCUCAUCAGCAAGGGAGAUGUCUUCGGCCAAAACCAGCCUCUUAUCCUACAUCUUCUGGACAUUCCACCAAUGAUGGGUGUCCUUGAAGGUGUUGUAAUGGAGCUGACAGACUGCGCCCUGCCUUUGCUCAGAGAAGUCAUCCCCACUGACAAUCCCGAAGUGGCUUUCAAAGAUGUCUCCGCCGCCUUCAUGGUUGGCUCAAUGCCGCGUAAGCAGGGCAUGGAGAGGAAGGAUCUGCUCGCUGCCAAUGUGAAAAUCUUCCAGGUGCAAGGCGAGGCACUCGAUAAAUACGCCCGCAAGGACGUGAAAGUUCUUGUCGUAGGCAACCCAGCGAACACCAACGCUCUUGUUUGUUCUCGAUUCGCACCCUCUAUUCCUAAAGAGAAUUUUACUGCUAUGACCAGACUGGAUCAAAACCGCGCUCAAGCACAGAUUGCAAACAAGUUGAAUGUACCUGUUGGAGCUGUUUCUAACGUUAUCAUCUGGGGAAAUCAUUCUUCUACACAAUAUCCCGAUGGGUCGCAUGCACUUGUUAAAAUUAACGGAACCGAGCGUCCAGUCCCGGGUGAAAUCAAGGAUGAUGCUUGGUUUAAGGGAUAUUUCCUUGAAACUGUCCAGAAGCGCGGUGCUAGCGUGAUUGCUGCGAGGAAAAUGUCUUCAGCGAUGUCCGCUGCGAAAGCUGCUGCUGAUCACAUGAAGGAUUGGUUCAGUGGACUUGCGCCUGGGAAAUUUGUAUCAAUGGCGGUGGUCAGUGAUGGCAGCUAUGGCAUUCCUGAGGAUAUUGUCUAUUCGUUCCCGGUUACUCUUAAAGACGGCAAGUGGAGCAUCGUAAAGAAUCUUGAAAUUGAUUCCUACUCUAAGGGAAUGAUGGAAGCCACCGCCAAGGAACUCGAAGAGGAGCGUGUUGAUGCGUUUGCUAUCAUUAACAAGUUGUAAUUGUUUUUAUAGAGGUAUUUUCUUAUAUUGAAAGGAGAAACUUUAUUACUGCUUAUCAGAGCCAAGAUGCUGAUAUAAAUUUUUGUAUGGUACUGCAUAUUAUUACCUAUAAUGUAAACAUGUUAUAUCCCAUAUAUUCAUAAAUAGAAAACGAGGAAAAUGUUCUAAACAAAUGAAAAA